UUGCCGACUCUCGACUUAGAUUGCUUUUGCGCGACAAUUGAUCAAUCAGACGAUUGGUUUUUGGUUUCUGUAAGCACUUGGCAUCAUCACAGUAUGCAUCGCAUCGCCUGAUCUCGUCUCUGGCAUCUUCGAUUUUCUCUCCAGUGAGCACGAUUGGAAGAAGAAUCACGAACAAUCUCAGAAGUGAGAGAUGGGAGAAUUCUCAUUUCCUUAUUUCUACAACUACCCACCAUACUUCACGCUGCAACCAAUGAAAGACACGCGGGACAAGCAAAUCCAGCUGUGGAAAGAGCUCAUUCUCAAGUACUGUAAGCAUCACAAAUUAUUUUUGAUCGACUUGGAAGAGGAGUUUGCACUUUUUGAGAACACGAGCAUUCAAAGAAAGCUCACAUUCGAGGCUAGAGAACAGUUUUUGAGUGCUUUAAUAGCAGACGGGAGGGCCGAAUGGCUUGAUAAGAAUCACAGGAAGUGUCUCAUCUUGUGGCGCAGAAUAGAAGACUGGGCUGACUCGCUGCUCAACUUUGUGCGAGAAAAUGGAAUUGAGUUGAUGACAUUAGAGGAGAUUAUAUCAGGAGAUGAGACAUAUGGCACAGAACUUGCUGGACUCGACCGAGGUGUGUUAGUCCGAGCAGUCAAGAUCUUGGAGCAGCGUGGCAAAGCAGCAAUGUUUAAGGGGUCUUCAACUGAUGAUGAUGGUGUCAAAUUCUCACCCAACUAGUUCAUGCGUUCCGUCAAAGAGUCAAGAUAAUCAGUAUCAUACAAAUCCUAUUUGUCGUCCAGCCUGAGACACGUUGCUAGUGCUUCAUUCAUAUGCAGCAUUCUUUUUGUCUCACCAUGUUGAAAUGAAGAUUUUUACAAGGAAAUUUCUGUAUAUUUACUGUUUCGAUAUGUAAGAUAGAUUUAGACAGUUGUGCAAACACCAUAUGGGUCGUGCAAUUUUAAAGUUUUUUCCUCAGUCCAAUCGGACUUCCAUAAUUUAUCAUGAAUGUGAAGCCAAGCAUCCUGGUUUAGUGCAA